AUGGCACCAGAGCAUCACAAGCGAACUCGUACUGAUUUAAUAGUAGAUAAUGCCAUAUCUGGACAUCAAACAUUGAACUCACCAUACUCUGAUCAUUUAGAAGCAUCUAAUUUAAAUGGUUUUAGCCAUCCAACUCAAUCACAGGUCUCUGUCAAGCACUUGUACUCGAAAAGUGAUGAUUUUUCAAGCGACAGUGAGGUUGAUUUGUCCGAAAAACCCAUUGGCGAGUUGAAUGCAUUGCUAAAAUUAGAAAGUUUUCGAUUAUCAAAGUUUACUAAAAAGAUAAGACAAUCUACUCGAACCAUUACAAAAUUAUCACAGGCAAUUGAAAGACUAUCUUUAGAAAAGCAAAAUACUUCCAGCGGGGUUGAUUCUGCCUACUCACAGGCAAUAGCCACUAUUCCUACUGACAAGAUAGUGUCAACACAAUCACCUCAUAUCAGGACUUCUUUAACUGCUGCAUUGCUUCCUGUAACAGUUUCUCCUUUAUCUGCAUAUAUACAAAGUUUUGAUAAUACAACAUCACGCCUAGAAAAACUAUCGCAUGUACAACAUGAAGCAUUGUUUCAAGAAAUCGAGGAAGCCGAAUCAUCUACUAUCUCUUCGAUUAGACCAAUGGUUGAGAGCGAUGUGCAAGAUAAUUGUAUUGCUAUAAUUCCUCAGCGAUCAAAGUCUAUAACUAGUUGCACUAAAAGCUCAGAGGAUCGUUCAACUUUUCGUCAUAACGAACUGUUUGAACAACUGCAGCAAUCGCACGCAAGUUCUUCAAUGGAUCGUGAUGCUAAACCUGAUGCCAUUCAAGAAAUUCAAUUUCCCGUAAAUUCAAAAAAACAAAAGGCAUCUGCUGAACUAAAUACUGAAUGGAUGAUCAAAAGGAAUAGUAGCGCUGAGCUUAUGACUGAGAUCAAUUCUCAUAGCUUAGGAAAAUUUGAUCGUAAGCCACGGACUCUGCUUCUUCCUCCUGAAAAUCCCGAAACACUCUCUGAAAUUGCAGUCACUUCAACUUUAUCUGGUUGCAUACAAUGGUGGAAUAUCAAAACAAGACAGAAUAUUUACACUAUCGAAGGCGCAAUAAUGCGCAAUGGAUGGGCUGAAGAUAUGUGCUGGAUCAGUCCUAAUACUUUGGCGGUUGCUUCAAGCCCACAACUCUCAUCGUCCCGAGCAAACAAUCGUAUCAAUCAUCAAAUCGCACUAGUAUAUAAUUGCCGCAUUUCUAAGCAAAGUGUGCAUGAUUCAGGCUCUUUGGAUUUUAAAAUACAGCAUCUCAAAGAGAUGCCACACGACAAGUCCAUAUCCACCAUAUCUCCCAUGUCGCCUAUUGGAAAUCAGACAAGAUGGGUUUCGGCAGGCGCUGAUAAACGAAUAUUUCUGUGGUCGUUUGAAAAUCAGUUUACCGGAAAGGAACGAAAAUACAACAACAUCAUCUAUCGCAAUCUUCAUAAUUUGCAUACAAGCAAUAUUCUCUCAGUUUACCCCCAUCCUUCUCAAGAUGUUAUAUAUUCUGGUGGAUUGGAUCAUCGGUUGGUUGGCUGGUCAUUAGGUGCCAAUUGCAGCACACUUUGCUCCAACAAGCAAUUCUCGGGUAUCCGAGAUAUAAUAGGUAUUCCUGGACAGCCAAAUAUGCUGUUACUUGGGUUUAUGGACUAUGAUAGUCAGAUCAAAGUACUAGAUCUACGGUCUAUGAAAUUUAGUCUGAGUUUAUCAAGUGCGAUGAGUAGUGCGGACAGCACGUCGAUACAGUCAACCUCGAUGAAAACAGAAAGGCAAAUACAGUCAAAAUAUGCACAUGCAUCUAUCCACCCUAAUGGAUACAUGGUUUCUCUUGGCCAGAGCGCCAACAAUGGUAUUAAUAUUUGGGACUUGCGAUAUUCCCAGGUCAAUUCACCUACUCAGACUCUACGCAUUCAUGAUAAUCGGGUGAUUGUAGCUAGAUUUUUUGAAGGAUUUGAGCGAUCGUCACUCGUUUCCAUGUCUACAGACAAUACUCUUUCUGUUUCAGACUAUAAACUAUCUUGA